AUGUCGGCCUCGGAUACCUACUUUAAUGUUUCUCCCACUAAAAGAAAGCAUGAACACGUCAAUGAAAGUGCUAAUAUUCUAACAGAGAACAAUUCACCAAAAAAACAAUGUUAUUUUCACAUUUCUAAGGAAAUUUCGAUUGGAGGCGAGCAACUAGAUAAUCAAUAUCAAGCGGCAAAAGUUCUACCAGAAGAGCUCAAUUACGAGGAUUACAAUGUCAACAAUGUGAUCUGUAAUUCGACAAAAGAACUUUCAGGAGAGCCUGAUUCUGAGAAUUGUAACAACAAUAUAGUAAAAAGCAAUUCUGAAACUAAUAAUGAUGAUUUAAAUCUAUCUGGGUUCUCUACUGGCAAGGGAAAAUCAAUUAGGAAACCAUCUCGUAUUGAUUCUCAGCUAUUUCGUUCUCUCUUCGAUUUUUCAGAUAACUUCGCCGAAAAUUGUCGCGAAGACAUAACACCUUCCUCACCUUCUAUAAUUCGAGCAUCAUCAUCUAAUUUUCAUAAAAUGGUGCAAGAAACUAAUGGCCCGUCACAAUUAUUAAGUGAUUUAUCUAUAGGCAACGAAAAACCUAUAAAACAAGUUUCUGAUGCUCAGUUAACUAAUUCAGAAUCAGUAUUUACGAAUAGUUCUGACAGAAUUCAAGAAUCUAACAGCUCUAAGGUCAAUGAAAAGCAAGAAAAAAAUAUUUAUGAAGCUCAGUUGGCAGAUAAAGGAAUGCUAUUUUUCAAUACGCCUGCAAAAUCUUCAAAAUUCGGUGGUUUCUCCACAGCAAGCGGAAAACCUGCAAAGAAAGUUUCGGACGUUCAAAGAGCAUAUGCAGAAUCAAUAUUUUCAAGUAAUUCUAAUAGAAUUCUACAAGAAUCAAAUAGUCGUAACGCCAAAGAAAAGCAAGCUGAAAAUAUUAUUAAAGAUCAGCUGGCGGAUUCUGAAUCUCUUUUCUGGAGUAAUCCUACAAAAUUAGGCGGUUUUUGCUCAGCAACCGGAAAACCUACAAAGGAAAUUUCCGAAGCACAGCUCGCAAAAGCAAGAUCGCAACUUGGAGUAUCAGAAUUUUUUAAUAAUGAGAAACUUGAUGGAAAGCUUGAUACUCUAGACUUAAAUGAAAUGUUAAGUAAAGCUUCAAAUACAAUUUUUGAUUCGUCAAAGACCAGAAAUAUUAAGAAAUUUGCUACUAGACCGUUAGUGCUCAAUACGCCAAUCAAAACUCCUAUUGAAUCACGAGUUAAACAAUUACAAACUCCAUCAGCCAGUCACUCAAAAAAAUCCAUUACUACACCACACCAAAUAAAGAUUGAGAGUCUUCUUACUCCAUUGCAAAGCAAUAAAAAUAUUCAUAAAACUUCUUUACAUCUACGCAAGAAUUUAUAUUCUAUUCUACAAAAUCGAGUUCAACAUACGCCAACCCCCGAGCCAAUAAAUAAUAACAAGUCUCACACACCUGGUUCUCGAGUGAGAUUACGAGAAAUUGUUACUCAACCUCCGUUAAGCUAUGCAGCAUCUACUUUAUUAAAGUUUGGGAUAAAAUCAGAAAUAAUUUAUAUGACUCCUGCGAAUGCCAUUACUUAUCGUUUUCAAAAAUCGGAAAAUAAUGAGUCUACCUGGGGAUUUAAAGAAGCAAGAGAUGAAUUAAUUCAAUAUGGAGCAGAUCCUAAAUUAAUUGAUGAAACAUGGGUAGAAAAUCAUUAUGGAUGGAUUUUAUGGAAAAUCGCAAGUAUGAUUCGAUCAUUCCCUGCAAUGUUUCAAGAUUGGUGGUGUCCGACUAAAGUUAUUGAACACUUACGAUACAGAUACGAGAGAGAAAUCAAUUGUGCACAUAGAUCUGCUUUGAAAUUAAUAAUCGAAAAAGAUGGUUCUCCUUCCUGGCCAAUGAUUUUAUGUGUAUCUGAUAUUUAUGAAGUUGUAUCCUCAACAAUAUCCUCACAAAUGCCACCUGAAGCGAUAAAGAACCAAACAAAUAGUGUGGUAAAAAAUGGACUUGUCUUAACGGAUUCGUGGUACAAGAUCCGCGCUUCCAUCGACCCACCAUUACAACGGGCUAUCAAUUCCAAAAAAUUGCGUAUUGGCUGCAAAUUAGAAAUAUGUGGUGCCAAACUUAAAGGAGGUGAAGAUGCAAAGCCAGCCCUUGAAGUUGAUGAUUCUACGCAUCUCAUAUUAUCGGCUAAUUCUACUAGACUCGCGACAUGGGACGCAAAAUUGGGCUACAGUAAUAAAAAACCACGAAUGUCUCUACGCUCUCUUUCUCCUGAUGGGGGAUUCAUUCCUGUUCUUGAUGUCAUUAUUCUUCGCAAAUAUCCAAUGUUGUUUCGAGAAACUUUCAAAGAUAAUAAACCCGCCAUUAUACGCUCUGAGGCUGAAGAGGAGUUAGAAAUAAGAAACAUUUGCGAUCCUCCAAUUUUCUCGAAGUCUGAUGGGAGAUCAGCAACUUUGACGAUAUGGAGACCUGAUGAUUAUACGUCUAAUAGGAUUCAGGAGGGCCGACGAUAUUUGAUAUAUAAUGUUACUACUCCAAAUUCCCAAAGAUAUCCGCUGUAUCUCGAAACCCCUAUCCGAUUGAAUUCAAUGGGACACUCAACAUCGGUUAAGGAAGUAGCAUUGGAUCCGGAAAAACUAGAAGCAUCGAGAUAUAAACAGAGAAGCAUUACUCCUUGUAGUGAGCUUUGGAAAGCACAGAAACAUGAUGAAUUUGAUCUCGUUGUUUGCAUAUUAGUGGUUUGGGAAUCUAAAUUAAGGGUACAAGCUAACGGUAAAGAAAUGCAAGUGCAAGCAAUAAUGGUAACUGAUGCUAGCGAACAAUUAAUACUUAUCGAAAUAAACAUAUUUUCUCAGGAAGCCAUCUUCAAGCCAAAAGCUAUUAUCUUUCUAAAGAAUUUAAGUUAUCGUAAAUGCGAAUAUCAAUUUGGAAUCCAUUUUCUCUCCACUACUAAUGAGACUCAAAUCAAAAUUUCCCCUCAUGAGAAUUAUGCAAAAUUUGCUAUUAAAGGUUUGGACACGUGGCUUCAAAAAAAUACGCGGAUAUUUGAAGAUUUGUGUUCAACUGCACAAAGCAUUGGUGGUCCUGUAUUGAACGCAAUAUACUAUGAUCUAUUCUAA